ACUCCGGGAUCACCGUCUCCACGUCCAUCCGCCUGGUCGGUGGCCCCAGUCGCUGCUCCGGGCGAGUCGAGGUGCUUCACAAAGACGUCUGGGGGACCGUCUGUGACGACCAGUGGGAUUUACGGGAGGCCAAGGGUGUGUGCAGGGAGGUGGGCUGUGGGGCGGCGAUAUCGGCUCCUCGGGAGUCCAAAUACGGGGAAGGAGACGGCCAAAUCUGGCUGAGCGAUGUCAACUGCACAGGGACAGAAGCGUCCCUCACCGAAUGCGAGGCGAAGCCGUGGGGAGACAACAUCUGCAACCACGUGGAAGACGCCAGCGUGGAGUGCUCAGAGGUGGACAUUCCUGAGGAGGGGCCAAUCCGACUGGUGGACGGGCCAAACAAGUGCGCUGGGAGAGUGGAGGUGCUCCAUGAGAACCGGUGGGGCACCGUCUGUGACGACCAGUGGGACAUGAAGGACGCCAAGGUGGUGUGCAAGCAGGUGGGCUGCGGGUCGCCGUGUGGCCGCUACGGGCGAGGGUCAGACAUCAUCUGGCUGGACGACGUGGAAUGCAACGGGACGGAAGAGAGCAUCUUUGACUGCCAGGCCAGGCCAUGGGGGGAACACAACUGCUACCACGGAGAGGAUGCUGACGUCAUCUGCGCAGUUAACGAGAACCUGGAGGAGCCAGAAGCACUGUGA